AGGCCGACUAAAGCAAAUUUACUCUCUUAUUUUAUUACUUGAGUCAACAUUUUAGAUCGAUGUUAUUGAAUUGUUUACAAGCUUCUUUUACUGGAACGCUGUGUGUGAUUUCGUUUGGAAGUCUUUGAUUUGCUUUUUCUUUUGAAACAUGGUGGUUUUGCCUCCGUGUGUUCCGGCUAAUUGUGGGAAGGAGUUUCGGUGUUCGUUGCGUAAGCCAAGUCCGACGUAUCCCCAUAAGGAUAGAGCUAAGAAAGUGCGUACAGUGCCAGCGUUUAGUAUCCAGUCGUUGCAACGAAAUACACGGGUUGAGCCUCCUCCAAGGUGUCACAUAUUCGACCCGGUGCCGCCAAAACCGACGUUGUUUAAAAGAAGCUACAUGAGGGGUGAAUUCCCAGUGGCGGUCGAGUUUGGCUCUUGUGGAAAAACUCUAGUUUGGAAGGUACCAGUAGAAAAGCUGGACUUCCACCACUACCUCCCGAUGUUUUUCGAAGGACUGUCCGAGGAAGAGUACCCUUACAAUUAUAUUGUAGAGAAAGGAAUCGAAGAUUUAAUAAGAAAGGGCUCGUACAAAGUACUUCCAGUGGUCCCUCAACUCAUUAUACCUAUUAAAAACGCCCUAUCCACAAAGAACCCCACGGUGAUCUGCCACUGCCUGCGCUGCAUCCAGCAGCUGGUGACGGGCUGCGACCGAGUGGGGGAGGCGCUGGUCCCCUACUACCGACAGAUCCUGCCUGUACUCAACCUGUUCAAGGGGAAGAACCGUAACUUGGGUCCAGGCGUGGACCAUUCAACAACCAAAGGUGAGAACGUGGGUGACCUGAUCGAAGACACCCUUCAAAUAUUGGAGCGCUACGGCGGGCCGGACGCUUUCAUCAACAUCAAGUACAUGGUCCCUACUUACGAGUCCGCCAUCUUGAAUUAAAUCGCCCUGCUUUUGACGGCUGCGUAGAUGUUCGUUUGUUUAUGGAAGUAGCAUCUGUUUUUUUUUUCAUCGCGCAUGCUGAUAAAAUGUUGCGGUUUUGUUAAUACA